UCGCUACCCAGCACGAAAAUGAACAUCAUGUGCCGCUGGUUUUACAUCUUUAUUCCUAGGGAAAAGUUAAAUGAUUGCCAACCUGUUCGAAAAUCUCUAUAGUUCUGUUACAUAUACUAUAGAUCUUAGGACCAAUCAACACUCCAAGCGAUAUACUAUCUAUAUAUCAAACAUCACACCCCUAAACUAUAAACAAAGAUAUAUAUCUAAUUUUGUAGUUCAUGUAAUUUUUCGGCAUGUUUAAUCUCGAUUAAAUAAAUAUAUUGUGGAGUUGCGACAUUUCUGAGAUUUAUAGUUUGCUAAGAGAAAAAUUGGAAUCACAUACUACGUUUGCUUCAACACCACAAACAUGGAUGACGAUGAUCAGUAUCAAAGUGGUUAUGAUGUUGGUUCUUUUCCUAAAGAUUUUGGAUAUGCACCAUUUGAUGGGGAAACUGAAGGAUCUAUGGAUCCAUUAGCAGGAGAACAAAAACCUAGAAUACUCUUGAUGGGUCUUAGACGUAGUGGCAAGUCAUCGAUACAAAAGGUGGUGUUCCACAAAAUGUCACCAAAUGAGACACUAUUUUUAGAAAGUACAAAUAAAAUAAUUAAAGAUGAUAUAAGCAAUUCAAGCUUUGUACAAUUUCAAAUAUGGGACUUUCCUGGACAAAUUGAUUUUUUUGACCCUACUUUUGAUAGUGAUAUGAUAUUUGGUGGUUGUGGAGCGUUGGUAUUUGUGAUAGAUGCUCAGGAUGAUUAUAUGGAGGCACUUAAUAAGCUUCACUUGACAGUUACAAAAGCUUAUAAAGUUAAUCAAGCAAUCAAAUUUGAAGUUUUUAUACAUAAAGUAGAUGGAUUAUCAGAUGAUUGUAAGAUGGAAACACAAAGAGAUAUACAUACAAGAGCAAAUGACGAUUUAGCAGAUGCUGGAUGUGAUCAAAUACAUUUGAGUUUUCACUUGACUUCGAUAUAUGAUCACAGUAUAUUUGAAGCAUUCAGUAAAGUUGUCCAAAAAUUAAUACCACAACUGCCUACUUUAGAAAAUUUACUCAAUAUACUCAUAUCGAACUCUGGAAUUGAAAAGGCUUUCCUGUUUGAUGUUGUCUCAAAAAUUUAUAUUGCAACAGAUAGCUCACCUGUUGAUAUGCAAAGUUAUGAGUUAUGUUGUGACAUGAUUGAUGUUGUUAUUGAUGUUUCCUGUAUAUAUGGAUUAAGAGAAGAUUUGGAAGCAGCUGCAUUUGACAACCAAAGUUCCAGUUUAAUUAAGCUAAAUAAUGGUACAAUUUUGUACUUGCGUGAAGUGAACAAAUUUUUGGCAUUGGUCUGCAUCUUACGUGAAGAUAAUUUUGAUAGGCAAGGUGUAAUUGAUUAUAACUUCCUUUGUUUUCGUAAGGCGAUACAACAAGUUUUUGAAUUACGGAACAAGGCGUUAGCUGCAACAAAUGCAACCAAUCAUUCAUCUUCUCCUGUUAGUACUAAUGAAACAUCAAAUGCUCCUACCGGAGCACAAAGUGGAGCCAUUGGUCAAAAUGGUGCUGUUGUGAUUGCACAGAGUUAAUUCUUAUGUGCAAUGUAUUAAAAAUUUCUCACAUAAAUGUAUAUAAUGUAUUAAUUUUAUUACUACUUAUGUAGAGGUCAUAUCUCUUCAUUUUCUGCAGAUGUUUCAUAAACUCUUAUAUUUUACUCUCUCUCUUUCAUAAUAGCCUUUUUUUAUAAAAUAUUAUUAAAUGCGUAUUUUUCAUAUAAAAGAUAAUUUAUAUUAAGUAAUCAUAUUACUAAUAUAUGAUUUUAAAUAUAUUUGUAUAAGAUAAAAUACACACACACACACACUAAUCCUAAGUUACCAAUGGCAACACUUUCAUAAUUUGUUAACUAGGAGAAAUUUAAAUGCAUAUAUAUUAUUAGUUGUUACUUUUUGUAAUGCGAUGUCGUGUAUAUGAAUGGAAAAUAAUAUAUAGUAUAUAUACAUAUAUGUGUAUAUAUAUAUACACAUACAUGUGUGUGUGUGUGUGUGUGUAUGUAUAUAUAUAUACAUGUAUAAAUAUUUAAAUCCGCAUUUCUGUUUAAAAUCUUCGUUUCUACAAUGUCACGAAUCGACGGCGAUAUCUUUUAUCUCAUCAUGAAAGUUAUAUGACGAAUUCAGAAUAGUAGAUUGUUCCUUAUAUUGAUACCAACGUAUAUAGGAAAAAGUUUGUUCAUAUUUAUUUAAAGAGACUUCAACAGAUAAUAACGAUUCUGAACUGAAAUUUCAAAAAACAGGUAAUUUCGUAUAUUUUAACUUACAAUAUACAUACGUAAUGUGUAAUAUACAUAAGCCAUCUUGUUUUUACCUGAUUUGCCAAUUUUUCCCAUGAAUUAAUUUUGGUAUUGGAAGAGGAAUGCCUGAUGGUGGUAAACUUUGAUGUGCAAUUUCCGUUAAUAAAGUUCGACUAAGGUCAGUAAUAAGUUUAAUAAAUUUGUCAUUGUCUUUGAGUGAUUUACUACUAGUACAGACUGUGGAAGUUGGGAUCAAUUUAUCUGGAAGGGAUUAAAUUAUAAGGAAUAGGAGACAAAAUGUUGAAAUAUGGAAUAAGAAAUAUCAAUUAAAGUUAUUACUGUGGAGUUAAUCAAGUACAAUUACUCAAUUUUUAUUUUUUAAAGUAAAUUAACAUAUCUCUCUUUCUCUCACAUUUAUGUAUAUAAAAUCAAUAAUUUUAAUAUCAAAUAUAUAAUCUUCCCUACAAUUAUACCAAUAUAUUACAAGUAUCUAUGUAAUAUAUUUAAAUCUAAAAUAAUUAGUAUAAAAAAAUAAAGAAUAUUAAUAAAAUAACAGUACAUUGAUCUAGGAACAAUAGCAUAGCCAAAUACUAUAUGAAAAGUUCACAAUUGUAGUAUAAAGCGGUAAUUGAAGUGAAAAAAACAAAUGAAGUGAAAUUUGUCGAUGUUAAUCCCACAAUGGAGAAAUCAGAAAUCACACUGGUAAUGUUGUUAAAUUGUGGAACGAGUUGGCAUUCUCUAUUAAUAUAAAACUAAGCACAUGGUAUACUGCAGUUAAAGGCUGAACUUAAGCCAGUCACUGUAAAUAAAGCAAGGGAGAAACGUUAUAUAUAUAUUGGAAGCUAUAAUAUUGUUAAUCAUCAUGCAGCAAUGAUUCAUUCUUCGACAUUCAUUAAUAUGAUAUAUUAAUAUCAAGUAUAUUAUUAUCAUAAUUUGAUAUGUACAUAUAAGUUAACUGUUAAUAUAUCUUGGUUAUUGUUGUUGAAAUAAUAAUCAAAUUUCGUAUUUCUCAUUUCUGAUAACUGACUUUACAAUUGUUUGCAAGAAUACUAAUUAUUGAUCGAUUGAAUUGCAGAACUGCGGAUAAUUAUCUUGAAAUACAUUAAGUAUUGCCAGUAAAUUCUGAAACUUACAAUAAUCCGCGUCCUUAUGCUGCACUGCAUUGUGCAAAGCUAAAGCGAGAUACGUGUGGUAUUUUAUGUAACUAUGUUCCAUCACAUUCAAUUCUUCGGCUAAUAAUAUUUUACGUGACCAUUUAUCUCGUAUACGGGCGCACAUUUCAAUCAUCUGAAAUGUGAGAGCUAACGUGAAUAUGUCUAUGUAAAUUAAUAUCGCCGUUACACAAUUAUUUUAUACAUAUACGUACAUGAUUUAUAGUUGUCAUUAAAUCUUCAAACUCUUCAGUCAAUAAACAAUGCUCAUGAACUUUGUUCAAGUAUUCAUUAUGCA